AUGAUACGUUCUAGGCCAGGAGGCGGGCUAUUUGCACGUUCAAGGUGUCCUUUUGAUGAUGAAGGGGCGGUGUGUGAAAGGCCUUUCUGUCCUUUCUUUCAUCCUUUCUCUGCUUCAAAGCAUUUGGUCAAAGUUAAAGAGGAAAUUCAAGAUGAUGACAUAAUUGUUGUACAUGAAAAGGUUAUUCCAAUACGAUCACCAUGGCCCUCAUCUUCAACGGAAUCUCAUGCUGUGAGCAAUGCAGUAGAAACUCAACCUGUGGUAUUUGAUACUUCAAUGCUUCACAAAGAAAGUCCUGUUAUAGAUCAAUAUUCCUGUGGCUAUCUCGGUUAUGUUGCACCUAAUUCUACUGAUUGUGAGACUAAUAAUCUUGCUUCACCAUCUGUUUAUGCCAGUUCAGCUACUGAACAUAUACAAGGAUCUGAAAAUCAAUGCACUUCUAACUUACUACCGAAAAUUCCUAAUCUCCCCAAUACAUUGUCCACUGGUAAGAAUAUGUAA